AUGAAAGGCAAGAAAGGGUACAUCCACGUCGUUCAAACAAGCGGGUACAACACAGGUGCAGCUGCUGGCGCAAGUAUCCGUGUCAUUGGCGCCCCUGGUGUGGAAUCCGAGCUCAAGGAAGGUGAUGGCGCGUAUCUCCAUUUCGACAACGGAGGAGUCGAGCUGAAAGUCGAAAACAUUGGUGAUAAAACCGGUGAAAUCCUGCUCUUCGAUCUCGAAUGA